AUGUAUUUAAAAUGUGUGCAAGAACACAAAGGAUGUCUGUUGUUGGUUUGCUCUGACUAUGGAACUGAAAAUGGCAUUAUCGCUGGGAUGCAGUGCUUCCUUCAUUCUGACAAUGCACCAUUUUUUGGGGAGCUUGCUCACAGGUAUGGAAGUCCCACUAGAAAUCAGAGAGUGGAAAACUAGCAGUCUCAUUUCAGGAAGUCAAUGGCAAGUUGGUGGAUCAACCUUUUUUUAAAGAUUUGGUUGACAGUGGAAAAGUGGAUCUUGAAAAAGAAAUACAUAAUAAAUGUCUAUGGUUUUGUUUCAGUGGUGUCCUGGAAAGUGCUUUAAAUGACAUGAGGAAAUACUGGAAUACACACUAUAUAAGGCAGUCAUGCCACAAAACAGUUGCAGGAGUUCCUGAUACUUUGUACUUCUUGCCAGAAAAC